AUGACACCUCUUCCUGACAACAAUGAUCUUCGCCGGCGUAUCACUGGUUUAUACCUUGGUGACGACAACAUUGCAUCACAAGUUGGCUGGAUUUACGCAAAAGCUCGACAUUGCCAUGUCCUCUGCCUUCGUGGCGCCAAUAAGGCCGACCUGAACCCCACUCCCGUCGUCCUCCAUGGCAUCUUUGCCUUUUCACGACAACCAUUCAAGCUGCUUCCGGAUGGUGGGUUUCGCGAGUCUAACAUGCCGGAGUACUUCAAUUUCGGUGUAUCACUGCAAGAAGCGAUGGCAAGGACAAAUGCGUGGGCACGGCUCGAGAGGAUUCAAGACAAUGAGCUGCUCGGAUUCAGCGAUUUCCCACAGUACAUCAAGAAUCUCAAAAGUUUUGAGGGAUUGAUGCAUGUUGGUGAUGCGCCCACAUACUCUUUGGUUAGUGAUGAAGGCGCCAGUGGGCCCCAGGUUAAGGUCAUCCACAGAAUGUUCGAGUCUUGCUGGGAUACGAUUCGUUUGGCGACAACGCCUCAACAAUCAGAUAUUGAAGACAAAGCAACUUACUGGGCCUUCAUGAUAGCAGAGGCAAAAACGCGAUAUAAGCUCACUCCUGGAGACCACCCUGUUGCUGUGAGAUUGGCCAAUGCUAAGUCCCCUGGAAACACUUCUAGCGUAACGGUGGAACCUUCUGUGUCCCGAAGUCUCAAGCCAAAUGCAGAGCUGCCGACAGAGCCAAGCACACCGCCAACAGAGCCAAGCAUGCUGCCAACAGAGCCAAGCAUGCCGCCAACAGAGCCUACCACACCGCGAACAGAACCUAAGACUCCAGAAAGCAGGGUGAAAGCAUUACCCGAUCUGGAUGGAUGCAGUGAUAACUGUGACAACGAAUCAGUCGAUGGCUUUUUGGGCCCUGAAUUUGGGCUGGAACAUUGGCCAGUGGCACCGGAAAAUUUUCGCAUCCGAGACAAAAUGUUCAAGGAGCAAAGGUGGCAAACGAAUCCGUUACAUGCAUACCGUGAGGGUAUUCAAGGUGUUAUCUCCCCUGCGGAGUAUUUGACCGCACUUCCAGGAGCUACUGUCCAGGCUUCUUUCACCCUGGCCUGUCAUUUGAUAGGAAGUAAGACUGGCAAGAGAGCGACCUAUUCCGCACGCGUGGAGGAGAUAAUCGUGCUUAAGAACCCGCCCCCCCUUCUCAGCGACCGUGCAGAGAGCGGAUCCCCUUCGAAACGACAAUUCUCUGGACCAUCCUUCUCUCCCGUUAAGCACCAAAGGCAGAGGUAA